CGUAGACCUAUACGAAGGCGUGAUGGGACUUUUAACUACAGUCCAGAUGUUUAUUGUACAAAAUAUGAUGAGACUACAGGAAUCUGCCCAGAUGGAGAUGAUUGCCCUUACCUGCAUCGAACAACAGGGGAUACAGAAAGGAAGUAUCAUCUCAGAUAUUACAAGACUGGAACAUGCAUUCAUGAAACAGAUGCCCGGGGUCACUGUGUGAAGAAUGGAAUUCACUGUGCCUUUGCUCAUGGUCCACACGACCUUAGACCACCAGUAUAUGAUAUAAGAGAACUUCAGGCACAGGAAACCUUACAGAAUGGGCAGAUAGGAUGUGGUGAAGGCAUUCCAGAUCUGCAACCAGGAAUUUUAGCAAGCCAGGCAAUGAUUGAGAAGAUCCUUAGUGAAGAUCCAAGAUGGCAGGACACAAAUUUUGUAUUAGCUGGCUACAAGACAGAACAAUGUACCAAGCCACCCAGACUCUGCCGGCAGGGUUAUGCAUGUCCUCACUAUCACAAUAGUCGAGAUAGAAGACGAAAUCCCAGAAAAUUCAAAUACAGGUCCACUCCUUGCCCCAGUGUAAAACAUGCAGAUGAAUGGGGUGAACCUUCAAGGUGUGAAAGUGGGGAUAGCUGUCAAUAUUGUCAUUCUCGUACAGAACAGCAGUUUCACCCUGAGAUAUAUAAAUCUACAAAGUGCAAUGACAUGCGCCAAACAGGUUACUGCCCACGUGGUCCAUUUUGUGCAUUUGCACAUGUUGAAAAGGACACCAUGAAUGUAGUCAUACUGCAAACUGGUUGUCAAUCAAAGCCAGGCGCUCACCUGUUUUCAGCAGACAGCAUAGGAAUUGCAAAUGAAUGGAGCAGCAGUCUUAACUCCACAAACAGCAUUACAAAUAGCAGUGGGCAGUCUGGAAAUAUUUCCUGUUCUUCAAGUCCAACUGUAACAUCAAGUUCUGGUAGCAGUAGUUCUUUAUCACCCCUUGGACCUCUUUGUAGACAGAGAUCAUUAGCAAAUGGAGUUUUGUGUUCUGAGUCUAGCACAUCAGGUGUUUCUUCACCAACAUCUAGCUAUCCAAAAGCACCAGGUUUUGAACGAGAAGAUCAGGCAAAGCAUCGAAGCUUCCCAGCUGAGUGUCUGCAGAAAAUAAAUGAACAAGACAACAAGCAGAGUCAUCUCAGUGUUUUUUCAGCAGUUAACCCACUUGCUUCAAGUAUAACUUCCAGUCUGGCCUCCAGUGUUGGAUCAGAUAGUUCAUCUCCUACAACUGUCUCUGCUAUCAGUGCCAAAGCUCUCACAUUCUAUUCUGGCAGUAACACAGUUGAAUCAGUAAUAGGUCAAAGAUUACUGGGAAGUUCAGCACCUGUCAAUAUUCCAGGUUCUCUUGUUCGUUCCUCAUCUUUACAUUCAUCAUCAUCCCUUUCAACCUCUCCACUCAGUUCUCUUUCACAAUCGCUGUCUCAGUCUUUUGUUUCAUCUGCUACGGCUCCUCACCACCAGCAGCCUCAGCCUCUGAAGACAGAACAUAGUAUGUUAGGCACCUCAGCCUCUUCUCACAACUCUUUAGGUUUAAAUGGUGUUACAGGUAGCAUUUGGGACUUUGUAACUGGGAGUUUCUCUCCUAGUCCAUCUCCAGUACUAAGCAGUGGCACUACCCCCUCUAUAAAUUCAAACACCAGUGGGAAUGAACUAACUCGAGUUAGACAGGAACUUGAUGAUGCCAAGAGAAAACUAAAACAAUGGGAAGAAUCUUGGCAACAAGUAAAACAGGCAUGUGAUGCAUGGCAAAAAGAAGCUCAAGAAGCAAAAGAACGUGCUAAUGUCGCAGAUGCAGACAAACAACUCGCUUUUCAGAAGAAAGAGGAAGUGGAAAACAAAUUAAAAAAGCUGAAGGCACAAUUAGCUGCUUGUCUAUCUACUACAUUACCUUAUAUGAAAAACUAUGGAGAUAUAGAAAAGAUAUCCUUGCCAAAGCUUCGUUCCUUACAAAAUCAGCUGCAUGUAGAUCUAGAAACUAUAGAUGAGGUGAUUUUUCAGCUUCAGUCAAAGAAGUGUAUCAUAUGUCAGGAAAGUGAUCGUAGCAUUAUCCUGAAUCCAUGUCAACAUUAUGUACUUUGUGAUGGUUGUGCAGCUGCCCAAGAAGAAUGUCCCUGCUGCAAGAAAAAAAAAAAUCUGUGGUAACAUAGAGGCAUAGUACUCAUAUCAUAUUCAUGAAUAAAUAAUUUUAUGUCUUUGUAUUUUGUAUAAGAAUUAUAUCACUUAUAAUUAAUCCAUUUAAUAGUGCUAGACUGAUUUCCAUUCUGAUGUGAGAAACUUAGUCCCUUUAAGAAAGAAAAUAAGGCUUGCUCACCUUUACAUACUGGCUUUGGUCACUUGAUGAGGUUCUGUAGUCUUGAGGUUCUCUAAUUCCACACACACACCCCCAUCCCAUCCCAUCCUUUUCUGAUUUCCAUUUACAUUCCUAGUGUGCAAGCUACUUAGGUUCAUUUGCACUGUAAUCACUUUGUAUAAAUCUUCACAUAAUGCCUGAAUGAAUAGUUUAUAUUUUUUAUUAACAGAAGGUGGGUACAUAGAUACAGUAACUACACACUCAACAGUACAAAUGGCUCCUUUGCCACAUCUGUUGUGUGCAGAACACCAGAGCCAGUGUUUUGAAAUCGGUCUAACACUAUGUUUACUUGGAUGUUUGAAAAACUCUAAUUAAUAUAAAAGCACUUUUUAAUUAUUGUGUUUUGUUAGAAGAUAACUUGUAAAUGGCUUCAAGCUGCUUUCUAGGACUUAUGUUUAUUUUUUAAUAUGCAAUAAUAUGAUGUGUAAUAUGUGUACUGUGAAUUUAAAAUACUUCACAUGGGUUUACUGUUAAAUCACAGUAUGAUUAAAUAGAAAUGACAACUUAACUAGUUUUUUUACAAUUUGUAAGUUAACUGCAUACUGUAGGAUUUAUAAAUGUACCAGUGGAGACAAAAACAGUGAGGCACGUAAGCUUUCAUAUUCAACAAUAUGCUUUCAAUUUUGUGAAACAGAUCAGUUUUAGUAAACAACUGUGCAUUUGCCUAUUUCCCUCAGUUUGAAGGUUUGUAGUCUUGAAGUUUUUGUACAUCUCCUAACCUGUGUGGUACUCAUCAGGAGCAGACAUGAUACAUUUAAUACUACUAAGUGCCUAUGCCCAAUAUCCUAUAAAAUGGCAGAAGACAUAAAAAAUGAACUUUGCAAAUAAUUUCUAUUGCUUAAUUUUGUAUUGAACAAUUUGACAGUAACUAGAAUAUGCCUCUUGCUUUUAUAAAUAUUAAAAAAUACACUUUUUGCAGUAAUGAAGUAAUGCGUGUUUGAAAGGAAUUUCAUAUUUAGGUACAUAAUCAGGCAGUGGCACUUUGACACAGUGAUUCUUUUAAAAGGUGGUCAUACCCUUACUUCAUCCUGGUAGCUGGGAACACGCAAUUCAGAAGGAGAAGUUAUUAUUGCUGCAUGUUAACACUGUAUAUUUUUAUUUUUCUUACAUGGAAUAAUUGCCUGCAUUACUACUUUUUCUGUUAAAUUCAGGUGUGACACUAGUACAACCUAGAUUGAAAUGACCUACUACUGUGUUACAUGAUUUAUAUCUCCGUAUUACUGUAUUUGGUACAAAAAGUGAGUUCACACAAGCAGCAAAGAGUUAAUCUAUUUAAAGUUCAGUCAUGCUAAAACAAAAAACGAGAUAGAUACUAAAAUCAUUUAUUGUCGAAACAGAGCUUUUAGAACUGUGUCAGCAUAUUAAAUAAAGAGCCCAAGCCAAUAGUACUAAAAUCACUAUCUCCUUUUUAGUGUUCCUUGUAGAAAGGCUUGAGUUAGCAAAAAGUCAUUACACAUUUCCUGUGAGAACUAAAUGUACAGACAUGUUGUUGCUUUCCUAAGACACAUUGAUCUGCAGGAACGUGGAGACCUUUUGGGAAGGGAGAAAUAGGAUAAGAUAUUAAAUACAUUUCUACUUGUUUCAAAAUUUUGUCUGAAGAUCACUUUAAAGACAAAAGCUGGGUUUAAUAAUGUGAUUUUCUUGACUUUAACACAGUUUCUCGAAAAUGUACUGAGAAAAGUAUAAAAUUGGAUUGUAAUUGCAUUUUCAAUCACGCUUUUCUGUCCUAAGAUAUUGCUGUUUUAAAAGUGUAGCCAGCUUUAGACUUU